CUCUUCCGACCCGUUGCUACUCGGAACCAGAGUUGGUGGCUGGACCUCUUGCGACCUCGGGGAGUGAUGCUACCCUUCUCUUUGCUCUGGCCGGCUCGGCCUCUGCAACGAUGUGGUCAACUGGUCAGGAUGGCUACUCGGGCUCAGCAUAGUGAGGUGGCCCAGACUCAGACCCGGGAAGCAGCUGGGGGCUGGACAGGUCAGGAGAGUCUGUCGGAUAGUGAUCCUGAGAUGUGGCAGCUACUACAGAGGGAGAAGGACAGGCAGUGUCGUGGCCUGGAGCUCAUUGCGUCAGAGAACUUCUGCAGCCGAGCUGCGCUGGAGGCCCUGGGGUCCUGUCUGAACAACAAGUACUCGGAGGGUUAUCCUGGCAAGAGAUAUUAUGGGGGAGCAGAGGUGGUGGAUGAAAUUGAGCUACUGUGCCAGCGUCGGGCCUUGGAAGCCUUUGAUCUGGAUCCUUCCCAGUGGGGAGUUAAUGUCCAGCCCUACUCCGGGUCCCCAGCCAAUCUGGCUGCCUACACAGCCCUUUUGCAGCCUCAUGACCGAAUCAUGGGGCUGGACCUGCCUGAUGGGGGCCAUCUCACUCAUGGCUACAUGUCGGAUGUUAAGCGGAUCUCUGCCACAUCCAUCUUCUUCGAGUCCAUGCCCUAUAAGCUCAAUCCCCAAACUGGCCUCAUUGACUAUGACCAGCUGGCGUUGACUGCUCGACUUUUCCGACCACGGCUCAUUAUAGCUGGUACCAGUGCCUAUGCUCGCCUCAUUGAUUAUGCUCGCAUGAGAGAGGUGUGUGAUGAGGUCAAGGCACACCUGCUGGCAGACAUGGCUCACAUCAGUGGCCUAGUGGCUGCCAAGGUGAUCCCUUCACCUUUCAAGUAUGCAGACAUUGUCACUACCACCACCCAUAAGACUCUCCGAGGAGCCAGGUCAGGACUCAUCUUCUACCGGAGGGGAGUUCGGGCUGUGGACCCCAAGACUGGCCGGGAGAUCCCUUACACAUUUGAGGACCGAAUCAACUUUGCUGUGUUCCCAUCCCUGCAGGGGGGGCCCCACAACCAUGCCAUUGCUGCUGUAGCUGUGGCCCUCAAGCAGGCCUGUACCCCCAUGUUUCGGGAAUACUCCCUGCAGGUGUUGAAGAAUGCUCGGGCCAUGGCCGAUGCCCUGUUAAAGCGAGGCUACUCACUGGUGUCUGGUGGCACUGACAACCACUUGGUGCUGGUAGACCUGCGGCCCAAGGGUCUGGAUGGAGCUCGGGCUGAGCGGGUGCUGGAGCUUGUGUCCAUUACUGCCAACAAGAACACGUGUCCUGGAGACCGAAGUGCCAUUACCCCUGGGGGCCUGCGGCUUGGGGCCCCAGCCUUGACUUCUCGACAGUUCCGUGAGGAUGACUUCCGGAGAGUUGUGGACUUUAUUGAUGAAGGGGUUAAGAUUGGCUUGGAGGUGAAGAGCAAGACUGUCAAGCUCCAGGAUUUCAAAUCUUUCCUGCUCAAGGACCCAGAAACAACUCAGCGUUUGGCCAACCUCAGGCAACAGGUGGAGCAGUUUGCCAGGGCCUUCCCCAUGCCUGGUUUUGAUGAGCGCUGAAGGCACCUGGUAAUCAAGGCUCACAGACCAAAAGUUACUCUUCCCGCUCAUCUGGACCAGUGGAAGGGAAACCACUAACUUUCUAUGUUUUGGUGGAGGAGGAAAGACCUCCUACUUAGGGCAAGAGCCAGGUAUAGCCUGGUUUGGAGGAUUUGUAGCUGAGAUUUGUUGUGUAACUGGACUUAGAAGAAUCUCCA